AUGGCGAACCUUUCAAUCAACUCCACUGUUCGCAUGAAGUCUGGCUAUGAGAUUCCCCAGCUGGGAUAUGAUCUAAUUUUCCAAAGUCCAGCGGAAAUCUCCUCAAAAGUAACCUCCCACGCCAUCAAAUCCGGCUACCGUCACGUCGACUCAGCAACAAUGUACAAGAACGAAGAGCCCACGGUCAAAGGCAUGCUGAACGCCGGCGUCCCUCGCGACCAGCUCUUCUUCACCUCCAAAGUGCCACCCAAAGAAGUCAACUACGAAGGCGCGAAGAAAGCCGUCGACGAAAGUCUGAAGAAGACUGGACUUGAGUACAUCGAUCUGUACCUUUUGCAUGCACCGUAUGGUGGUAAGGAGGGUCGACUUGGAGCGUGGCAGGCGCUUGUGGAGGCUGCUGAUGCGGGAAAGGUGAGGAGUAUUGGGGUGUCGAAUUAUGGGGUGCAUCAUUUGGAUGAGUUGGAGGAGUGGCAGAAGCAACAACCGAAAGACAAAGCCGGCGUCCUCUCCGUCAACCAAGUCGAACUCCAUCCCUGGCUCGCUCGUCCUGACAUCGUGGACUGGUGUCACAGCCGAGGCGUCGUAAUGGAAGCCUACUCACCACUCGUCCGAGCCACCCGGAACGAAGAGCCCGUGCUACAGGCUCUGGCGAAGAAGCACAGCAAGACACCCACGCAAAUUCUACUGCGCUGGGGUCUGCAGAAGCAGUUCGUCAUCUUGCCCAAGAGCGUAACUCUCAACCGGAUCGAGGAGAACAAGGAGCUUUACGACUUUGAGCUCGACAAGGAGGAUAUGGAGAAAUUGGACACGGGAAAGUAUGAGCCGUGUGCGUGGGAUCCGACGAAAGCUCCGGCUGAUCAGUGA